UUGAUUUCGCAAUAAAAGGGCAAUAUAAAGUCAACCAGUUCCCGCUAGAUUUCAGCGCAAUAGCUCGAUCGCCGUUGUUCUAAAUACUUAAGAUGACUUGGAAGUGUGCUCUUGUACUUAUUGUAGCAACAGUUUGUUUUGCGAAAACCGUUAACUAUAAGGAUUGUGGCUCCGUGAGUGGCACCAUCUACUCUAUCGACGUCACACCGUGCGAUGUCGAGCCCUGUACCUUACACGCCAACACCAACUAUUCCGUACAUAUCAACUUCACAUCAAAGGUCAAUUCAAAAACUGCCAAGAACUUGGUGCACGGGAUAAUCGCAGGGGUUCCAGUUCCGUUUCCGGUGCCUGUAGACUGCUGUGAGAACAACAACAUGCGAUGCCCAAUCGUCGCUGGCUACAAUGAUAUUUACUCAAACACAAUUUUCUGUAGCCCAGACUACCCAAAGAUCCGACUGGUGAUGAAGUGGGAGGUGCAGGAUGACAAUGGACUGGACAUCAUGUGCUACGAGAUUCCAUUGCAAAUAAGCUAAGCCAGUAAGACCCAGUCUCAUCAGACAGGAGCUCCGCUGCAUAUAAACUUGUGCAGUAGGGCUGUAUGUCAUACGACAACGUGAUAUACGACACCAUAUUUGAUCAUUUAUACUUACUACAAAUAAAGAUAUUACCACAGUU